AUGGCAUGUAUAACUAUGGAUCCACCACAUGUGGUUAAUACUGGGGUAUCUUGUGCGGCCUGCUGCAAUGUUGCACCGGGCAAGCUGCUGCGCUGCGCGGCCUGCGACAGUGCAUGGUACUGUAACCAGGAAUGCCAGCGAAAGCACUUCAAGGAGCACAAAGCAUUGUGCCGCGCAUUGAGGCUAUUCCAUUCCUUGCAGAAGGACUUGCCUUUGGAAUCCUGGCCGCGCACUGCACACGAGUUCUACAUGCAGACGCCAGCAGCGGCACCGCAUGCGACCACCACGGAAGCGCCGCCGCCCGGCGGCGGCAGCGGCCUUAGCUGCUGCCCCCACUGCCAUUGGGGCUGGGUGUGUGACGAGCAUCGUACUGCCUACCUGACGGGGCCUCACGCCGCGGUAUGUAUGUCGUACCAGCACAUGAACGAGAGUCAGCUGCUGACACACCGGUACCUAACCGCCACGGGCCGGCUGCCCAACUACGUGCCUGACAAGCCGCCGCCGCGACCCACGGGUCAUUCGAGCGGCGGUGUUUGGGAGCCCGUGCCGGCAGGCUGGGCGGCGUUUCGGGCGUGGCGGCCGCUACCAGCUUUUGACGGCGCAAUGAUGUGUCUGCUGAGCAAGCGAAUGUCGCAGGCGUUGACGGUAAUCCAGGCACUACAACACCACUACACCCCGGAGCAGUUGGCGUUGCGGAGCCACAUCGAGGUGCACGUGUUGGGCGCGUCCGCAUUCGAGGUUCCGGCGGACCUCAUUUGGGAGGAGAUCAUCAAUCUGAUGCCGGGACCCCGGGAGACAAAACAGCAGCCAGCGGCGGCGGCGGCGGCGGCAGCAGCGCCAGCAGCAGCAGCAGCAGAAUCGGGAACUGAGACGGGAAGGAUAGCGAACGGGGAAGGCAUUGUUUUGGCAGUAGUGGCUGUGGACGACAACGCUCAUGCAAAUGGCGGCCGCACCGGGUUACCGUACUCUGACGUUUCGGCCAGUGUGUAUUCACCUGAUUUAAGUGCAUAUGUGGUGUGUACGUGA